AUGGCUGGAGCAUUUGCAGCAGUCUCCAUUCAGAUCAAAGGUGUCUUUAAAAGGAACGGUCUGCUCGUUCUCUCGGUCCUGUCGGUUAUUAUCGGGUGCUCCCUGGGAUUUUUUCUUAGGACUAGGCAUCUCUCCGAACAGGAAAUCAAGUAUUUCCAGUUCCCUGGUGAGCUGUUGAUGAGGAUGCUAAAAAUGUUAAUUCUUCCACUGGUGGUAUCCAGCUUGAUAUCUGGACUGGCGGCUUUGGAUGCAAAAGCUUCAAGUCGAUUGGGUCUCAUCACAAUUGCAUACUACCUCUGGACGACCUUUGUAGCUGUCGUUAUAGGAAUAAUUAUGGUCUCUAUCAUACAUCCUGGUGGUGCAGCCCAGAAGGAGAGUAUCGAUGACAGUGGAAAGCCAAUCAUGAGCUCUGCAGAUGCAUUGUUAGAUCUGAUACGGAACAUGUUCCCAUCUAAUCUAGUUCAAGCUACAUUUCAGCAGUAUCGAACCAAGAUUGUUCCAAUUGUUGUUUCUGUCAAAGUAGUGGGAUCUGAAGCUGCCACACGAAUGCCUUUAAUCUAUGGAAUUCAAGGUGACAAUGACUCUGAAAUAGUUCAGAACAUUUCUUUGGAUAUCACCCCACCUCCAGAAAUUAUCUACAAAUCAGGGCCAGGAUCAAGUGAGGGGAUGAAUGUUCUUGGCAUCGUUAUAUUUUCUGCAACAAUGGGUAUUAUGCUGGGGAGAAUGGGAAAGAAUGGAAUGCCACUGGUCAGCUUCUGUCAAUGUUUAAAUGAAUCUGUGAUGAAGAUUGUUGCUGUUGCCACAUGUUAUUUCCCUUUAGGCAUAGUAUUCCUUAUUGCUGGCAAAAUCCUGGAGAUGGACGAUCCUACAGCAAUCGGAAAAAAACUGGGCUUUUACGCUAUCACAGUGGUUUGUGGUCUAGUGGUCCAUGGGCUAUUUGUUCUACCCAUGGUGUACCUCUUUAUCACCAAGAAAAAUCCAAUUGUUUAUAUAAGAGGAAUCCUUCAAGCCUUACUCAUAGCUUUGGCUACUUCAUCAAGUUCUGCCACUUUGCCAAUCACCUUCAAGUGCCUGUUGGAAAAUAAUCAUAUCGACAGAAGAAUUGCAAGAUUUGUUUUGCCUGUGGGAGCUACAAUCAACAUGGAUGGCACUGCCUUGUAUGAAGCUGUGGCAGCAAUAUUCAUAGCACAGGUUAACAACUAUGAGCUGGACUUUGGACAAAUUAUUACUGUAAGCAUAACAGCCACAGCUGCCAGUAUAGGUGCAGCAGGGAUUCCACAAGCUGGCCUGGUCACCAUGGUUAUUGUCUUGACAUCUGUUGGUCUUCCUACAGAUGACAUCACUCUAAUAAUUGCAGUCGACUGGGCGCUGGAUAGAUUUCGCACCAUGAUUAAUGUCCUGGGAGAUGCUUUGGCAGCUGGAAUCAUGGCUCAUAUCUGCCGAAAGAAUUUCACUCAGGAAAAUGAUGAAGUUCCACUGAUUGGUGAAACAAAACCCAGCAGCAUAAAUCCGAUCAUGACCUAUCAGAGAAAUGGAUGCACGAAUGACACUAACAAGUCAGACAAACAAAUCUACACCAUUACCCCAGAUGGAUCCCAUAAUGUACAAAUAGAGUUGGGCCUCAGCACUAAAACGGAUCACUGUACGAUUGAAAUAAAUGAAUUAGAGACCAAAGUAUAG